AAUAUAAAUAUUGUUUCAAAAAAAAAAAUAUAAUAUAAAUACAGUAUAUGGGAAUUGGAAAAGGCGUAGUAAUAGUAAUAUACGCUGAAGUUGUGAGAAAGAGAAGAGAAUGGCGAGGAAGCGUGGAAGAGAAGGGCGUUUUGUAAGUACUGUGGAAGGUGCAGAGUUCUUCAAAGUGUAUCUGCCUCAAUUCAGCUCUCACCAAAUUAGGAUACCACCAGAUUUCACCAAGAACUUCAGAAGGGCACUGAAUGAAAAGGUCAUACUAAAAAACAAAGAUGGUAAAACAUGGUAUGUAGAAGUGAAAGAAACCCCAGAGGGAGUUUUCCUCAAGGAUGGAUGGCCGAGGUUCGUUGAUUAUCACGGGUUGAAAGUCGGGGAGUUCUUAGUGUUCCGGUACAACGGGUCUUAUUCAUUCCUUGUACAAAUAUUUGGUACAAACGGAUGCAAGAAGGAAAAGUUUGGCCCCCAAAACAUUGCCACACAUGUGAAAUCUGAAGUAGAAUCUGAUAAUGAUGAUUCAUCAAGUGUUGAUAGAAGUAAACUUUUCAAGAGGUUUGAAGAAGAAGAAGAAGAUAACAACAACGAGUUUCCAAAACGCCCGUCUUUUGUUUCACCUCCUAGCCGUCGCAAAAUGCUGAAAAUCCCAGAAGAAGUGAUGAAUAAUGAGAAUGUCCAUUUGGAGGCAGAGGUGAAUCUGCGCAACGCAGAAGGGAAGGAAUGGCCGGUAAAUAUCUAUACCAUGCUCAACGGCCCAACGUUUCUUGGCAGGGGGUUGUGUGCAUUCCAGAGGGACAACAACGUCGGCCCUAAAGAUUGCUGCAAAUUCAUAUUUGGGAAUCAAACAACAAUCGAUGUCAAGAUUUUACGCCACUGAACGAAAUCGCCUCACGCCUUUUGGAGCUUGUAAAUCUCUAUUGCCUUGUGCAGUUUUGCUCAUCUCAUCUCAUCUCAUGUCUGCUGGAGAUGAUGACUAUUUUCUUAGUGUUUGAACCUUAACUGAUUUCAGUCUAUUAACUAUCACAUGUAUAUUGGUAAAAAAAAUAGUCUUUUUUUGAGUCAGAUGCAUUAUGCA